UGUCGCCGGAGCAUUUGUACUGUGGCGCUCAGCUCGGCAGUCAUGUCGGCGCUGAAGUGUCGGGGUAGUUAAAAUUCUCUUUGAAAUAACACAUUCUGACACAUUUACAACCACGUAUGCAGCAUUCGAAGAGUAUGUGUUGAAGGAAGGCGAGGUUGUUCGCUGCAGCGUUGGUUUAUUUUGAGAUAAAUUUUUCUGUUGGGUGAUGGCAUCAUUGUCAGAGGAGGUGCUGCUGGUUGUGAAGAAAGUUCGCCAGAGGAAGCAGGAUGGCACACUUUAUCUGAUGGCUGAACGUAUAGCCUGGGGUCCAGAGGGCAAGGACCGCUUCACAGUCAGCCACCUCUAUGCAGAUAUUCGCUGUCAGAAGAUCAGCCCAGAUGGUAAAGCCAAAGUUCAGCUCCAGCUUGUCCUCCACACCGGAGAGAGCACCACAUUCCACUUUGCCAAUGAGAGUAGUGCAGUCAAAGACAGAGAAGCUGCCAAGGAACUGCUGCAGCAGCUACUGCCCAAGUUCAAGAAGAAAGCCAACAAGGAACUAGAGGAGAAAAACAGAAUGCUUCAAGACGAUCCAGUACUUUUCCAGUUGUAUAAAGAUCUCGUGGUGAGCCAGGUGAUUAGUGCUGAGGAAUUCUGGGCCAACAGGUUAGGGGGCGUAAACAACACAGACCCUGCACUAUGCAACAACAAACAGGAAGUCGGUAUUUCUGGAGCCUUUCUGGCAGACAUUAGACCCCAGACAGAUGGUUGCAAUGGCUUGAGAUAUAAUCUGACAGCGGACAUUAUUGAAUCCAUCUUUAGAACAUAUCCUGCAGUGAAGCAGAAGUAUAGUGAAAAUGUGCCUCAUAACCUGACGGAGAAGGAGUUCUGGACCCGCUUUUUCCAGUCCCAUUACUUUCACAGAGACCGCAUCAACACAGGAACACAGGAUAUCUUCUCAGAGUGUGCCAAGCAGGAUGAGAAGGGGUUAAAGUCGAUGGUGGUUCAAGGAGUGAAGAAUCCUUUGGUUGACCUCCUGUCAUUAGAUGACAAAACAUUAGAUGAGGGUUAUGGAGUUUCCACAAGUCUUCCCUCAACUUCCAGUGCAAACAGAACUUUGAAGGAGAGCAGCAACUCUGCCAUUAUAAAGCGCUUCAACCAUCACAGUGCCAUGGUGCUGGCAGCAGGUUCACGCAAGGGCGAAACGGCAACUGACCAAGCUAGUGAGACCAGCAGCACCGAUGGCAACUCUAGAGAUUCAGACUUCUUUCAACCUCCUGUAAAAAAGGUUAAAUUACAAGAAGCAACAGAAUAUGAUGAUCUCCAGAGGGAGAACAGACCAAAAACAGUCCCACUGAACCUCAAGAAGUCUGACAGAUAUGCUCAUGGUCCUGUGCCACUUCAGUCCCAGCAGUAUGCAACAAGUCAGGAUAUCAUCAAUUCUGUCAACUACAUCCGCCAUGAGAUGGCCAAUUACAAACCCAACCUCACUCAGGUGUUGUCCAGCACAGCUGCCAGUUCUGCCAUAGCAGCACUUUCUCCAGGCGGUGUCCUCAUGCAGGCAGGAGCACAGCAAGCCAUAAAUCAGAUGAUACCCACUGAGGUUCAAGGAGAAUUGAAGCAUCUUUAUGUAGCUGCUGGAGAGUUAUUGAGACACUUCUGGUCCUGUUUUCCUGUAAACACGCCGUUUUUAGAGGAAAAGGUAUUGAAAAUGAAGUCAAACCUCGAGAGAUUUCAGAUGAGCAAGCUUCGUCCUUUUCAGGAGAAGAUUCAGCGCCAGUAUUUAAGUACAAAUCUCACUGGGCACUUAGAGGACAUGCUGCAAACGGCCUACAACAAGUUCCAUGUCUGGCAAACCCGUCGGAUGAUGAGGAAAACCUGAGAUCCAAUGUUUUGUCAAAAAUAGGACGACAACAACAACCUUAAAGUAUAUGGACUAGUGUCCUAAGAAGGACCUCCAGACUGCUGUAAAGAGACCAGAGCCUGAUAGGACAUAUUCCAGAGGGGCUUAAUGAUAGAGAUAUAAGUGGAUACUGCUACACCCCCAAAUGCUCUAUAAAAUAACUGCAACUGCGUUACAGUGGUUAUUAGUUUUUUCCUCCUUAUUUUGUUUCUUCCAUGGUUCAGAGACUGUGACUGGUAACAGUUCAAAGAGACUUAAAAAAUGGUGUAACAUGACCAAAACUUCCAAUGGAAAUUAGUAAAUGACUCUCAGGACAACAAGCUGAGGCCUGAGAUGCAAGCAGAGGAUGGUCAACGUGUUUCAUCAGUGCACAGAGCAGAGAAACUGCUCGGACGUGAUGAGGACAAUAGAAGCCUGUCUUAGCGCUGGCUCCAUUUGUGGAACAACGUUCCAGGAAAUCCGCAGUAAAGGUGGAAGUGAAAUUAGCAAUACUGUAAAGACAUUUCAAACUUUAGUGCAUUAGUAUGUGUGUGUGUGUGACUCAAAUCUUGCUGUCACUGGUUUGUAACGUCUGCACCUUCUGUCUGCACUGGAGAGAAAAAAUGUAAGUGAAAUAAAGUGAGGUGUAAAGCUGUAGUAUUUCA